AUGACGUCUGCCGUGCCCUACGAGCCCGAUGAUUUCGAUAAUAAUCCGUUCGCCGAGAGCAGUGUGAUUAUACAAUCCCAGGAACAGCAAGCUGCUGAGCCAGGCCAGCCGACGACUGCGUCUUCGUCGGCCAAAGACACACAAGCGCAGCCCAAAGAACAAGACUCUCCUUUCCAUCCAAAACCCACCGACAACGAUUUAAAAAGAUAUUUGCCCGAGCGACUCAACAGAAACUCGUUUGAACUGAGUAUCAAGGUGGUGGAAAUCGGCAAUAACGGUGCCGAAAUGGCCAAGAACCCGGUCUUUGUUCUGAAUGCCUCGGUGAAGAAUAUUCCAGGAUUCAGGAAAUCUGUUUACAAAGACGUGAGGAGAUCUUACAGAGAGCUCGAGGCAAUCUAUCGGUAUUUGAUAUAUAACAACAUUGAGGUGUUUGUGCCUGCCCUGCCCACUAUUCCUGUCCUAUACAACGCCGGGUCGCCCGAGUUUGUGGCCACACUGCAGUCUUCGGUGCAGCAAUGGUUUAAUAGAGUUUGCAGCAACCCAAUUUUGAUCCGCAACCAAGAGUUUGUGCUGUUUUUGGACCAGAACGACUUCAGUUACACGCCAUCGAAAACCAAACCCAACAACAGCUCUGUGAUGGCCACCGGCCUCAAACGGCAUACAUUGAAGCAGUUCCAGCCGCCAUACGAUGCAUCACACGAAUUGGCAGCUUAUAGGCCAAUGAUCAAGAGCGUUUAUGUGAACGCACAGAGACUGGUUGAGAAACUGGACAAAUUGUUGAGACUACAGAAAUCGUCCUGGCUCGUGAACUCUGAUUUCUACAACAAGCUCGCAGGGUUCCAGGCUCUUGAGGAAAGCCCCGAAAUGGCCAAAAUGUGGGCAAAGCUGAACAAAGUGAUGCAACUGUACAACGAGAUGGAUCUGGUGGAAGGUGUGAGCUUGACAGCGAAUCUGACCGAAUUCUUUCAAUUGCUGACAGAUAACUGCUAUAACAUCAAAGAGUCGCUGACAAACCGCCAUCUGCUGAUGCGCGAGCUCUUGAAUGCAGAGGAAACCACUAAAAAACGCCAUUCCAUUAUUGCGAGACUAAAAACCAAGUCCAUCAUCGACCCAGUCAAAGUCGACGAAGCCAUCCGCGCCUUGGAAAUGGCCAGCAAUUACGAGAAGGAGCUAAGGUACCAAGUGAAAAGAACCACGUACGAGAUGCUGAUUGAGGCCGAGGACUUUUUGGUGUACUUGACUGAUCUGGCCAAGAAAACUUUCAAGACUCUUGCACAGCAACAAAUACAACAACAGCGCAAGAAACUCCAUCUUCUCAACACCAACAAGCUGAUUCACCCAACAGAGUCUCUGAGUAGACUUGGUCGCGAGAGCAUGCUGCACAACGUGAGGAGCGAACCUGGCUCAAAAGACUCUUCAGACCCGUGGAACUCGCGGCCAAAAAAGAAGUUUGAAACAGAACUGAGCGACCCAUUGACGGCGGAGUCAUCGCUAGGAAAUGAACCUGCCGACCAGCUCGCCCACCUGGACGCCAAGAGCGCUGCCAGCUUGCUAGCCAACUCGACCUUCUAG